GUCUCUAUCUCCUCCCAGCCGGUUGUUGUUUUCUUCAAUCAGCUGAUCCCGUUUCCUUCUCACAUUAUUUUCGUAAAUUAUUCGCGAAUAUGGCUUCUCUACGCUGUAUGACGGGGCUCGCUUCUGUGUACAAACGAGGAAUUGGGGCCGGCUUCGGCUUGGCUUCCCACCAGCUUGCUCCAGCAUGGGGUGCAGCAACAACACAAGUAAGGCUGAUGAGUGCCCUCAGUCCAGAGUUUGAGUCGGCGAAGGCGAGGCUUGGGACUCUGUCGGAAGACCCAGGCAAUGAGGCCAAGCUGAAGAUCUACGCCCUGUUCAAGCAGGCCACUGUGGGGGCCGUGAAUUCCAAGCGGCCGGGCAUGAUGGACUUUGUGGGCAGGGCCAAGUGGGACGCCUGGAAUAGCCUCGGCAACAUGAGCCAGGAGGAGGCACAGAAGAACUACAUUGCCUUCGUGAAUUCUCUGGCUGGGGCCGAGGAAGAGCAAGCCAAAGCACAAGAAGAAUCGGGUCAGAAAUACAAGAACUUGCUGGUAACUUGCGAGAAUGGGUUGCGGACCAUCACCCUAAACCGACCGUCCAAGAUGAAUGCUAUCACUGUGGAGAUGUAUGAGGAAUGGAUUGCUGCCCUCAAAGAAGCUGCAGACGACCCAGCCACAGUCAUCACAGUGACGACAGGAGCGGGCAACUACUACUGCUCGGGCAAUGACCUCUCCAACUUCGCCAACAUUUCUCCAGAGAACAUGCACGAACACUCGAAAAAUGCUGGAGUUUUGCUCAAUAGGUUUGUGUCAGCAUUCAUCGAUUUCCCAAAGCCUCUCAUUGCAGUCAUUAACGGCCAUGCCAUUGGUGUGUCUGUCACUGUCUUGGGACUUUAUGACGCCGUCUAUGCCACAGACAAGGCGACUUUCAACACGCCAUUUAGUAACCUCGGCCAGUCUCCUGAAGGGUGCUCGUCCUUUACCUUCCCCAAGAUCAUGGGGCCUGGCAAGGCAAAUGAGUUGCUGCUCUUCAACAAGAAGAUUACCGCCCACCAGGCUUGCGACCUAGGGCUGGUCACAGAGGUGUUCCCCGAUGCCAGCCUGCAGCAGGAGAUCUGGCCGAGAUUGCAGGCCUAUGCAAAACUGCCGGUCAAGUCUUUGGUUUAUUCAAAGGCCUUGACACGUGACAUUGAAAAGGAUGUGUUGCACAAGGUGAACGACAUGGAAUGCGACCGGCUGGUUGAGCGCUGGACCUCGGACGAUUGCAUCAAGGCCAUCAUGAACUUCUUCAGCCGCAAGAAGUAGAUCGGCCGAUUGCAGACACUUGCCUUCCUCCUCGAGUUCCGUGAUUUCCUUUUUCAUAGGAUUAUUUGUUUUAGAUUUUUAUUUUUGUGUACAUAUAUGACGGAGAUAUCUUCACGGUUAUAUGUGCAGGGGAUCUGAAAAAUCGUGUAGUUCAUUAUUGAAUGUUGUUAUUAUUAUUGCUAUUGUUGUUUUUAUCAUUAACAUUAUUAUUUUUUCUCUGUAUUUUUUUUUUUUUUUUUUUUUUUUUUCUGAGAGUACAAUUUGAAAAUUACCUCUCACAUAGAAAAUAAUUAUGGAAAUGUAUAUUUUCCCGGUGCAUGUUAACAAGUUUCAUAGAUUUUAGCAAAAUAGUUACUGAAUAUAGACCUUAUUUUUAGCUUAUCAGCAAAUGUGCCUAUUCUUCUGGCUUGAUUUACAAUAUUAUGAAUAUUAAUGUAUAUUCACACAUCUUAAAAAAUAAUAAAGGUAACUUUGUUAUUGGCAAAUCAUUAGUUAAAAAUCAGAGUGAAAAAAAACAGAAGCAAGCAUUAUUAAAAAUAUCAUUUUUAAAACACUCAAAUUGUAUUAAAAACUCUAAGAACUUUAUUCAUUUCAUCAUAUUUUUGUAUAAAAAAAAAUAAAAAAUACUUGAAUUAUUGAAACCCCUGGUGAAGUUAAUGACCUUAUGAGAAUAGAAGCCUUGUUGCUUAUAUAGAAGGGAGUUGAGUUGUAGUAACAGUCAUAUUUCAUGUUUCUUCAGAAUUACAUUGUCAUGUUAAACAAAAACUAGAAAUAAAUAUAUCACAAGAAUUAGAUUAAAUAUUUGAAACUAUUUUGUUUAUAUGGCAUGAUUUUUUUUUAAUAUGCAUGUACCUUUGCACAGGCAAUUAUCAAUGCAAUUUCUUGUUAAAGCAAAUAUCAAUGCAAUUAACUGUAAAUAAACCUCUUGAUAAUAUAUAUUUUGGCAAAUGUUGUUA